AUGGCACCUACGCCCACCGAAGAAAACCUGGAUGAACCUAACAAUAACCCACAGCAAGUUUAUUGGGAAGAGUCUGACAGUGAUGAUGACGGGCCAACGACAGACUCAGCGAAGAACCCAUCGGAAAAGCGCCGCGAACAGAACACCUUGUUUAAAAACUGGAUUACGCAGAAGGCCGAAGAUGUCACAGAGAAACAGGUGAAAAGUGCUCUUAUGGCUACAGAUGACGAGAAUCUGUCAAUUCGCAAUGUCCUAGCCAAGCAAGAUACGAAUGUUAUUUCAGACCCAAGGGAAUACCAACUAGAGCUCUUCGAAAGAGCCAAGAAAGAGAAUGUCAUUGCCGUGCUGGAUACUGGAUCGGGAAAGACCCUCAUCGCAGUGCUUUUGCUUCAGCAUAUGCUGGAUAAAGAAAUCGAGGAUAGAGCGGCCGGAAAGGCUCCAAAAAUUGCCUUCUUCCUGGUCGACAGCGUAACUCUAGUAUUUCAACAGUUUGCUGUUCUCGAAACGAAUCUUGACCAUAAAGCCGAGCGCUUCUGCGGCGCAAUGAGAAUCGACCUUUGGUCCAAAGAAAAAUGGUUGAAGUAUUUUACCGAGAACAUGGUCAUUGUCUGCACGGCCGAGGUCCUUUGCCAGUGCCUUAUGCACUCCUUCAUUAGCAUCGACCAGAUCAAUCUCCUGAUCUUUGACGAGGCACACCAUGCGAAGAAGAACCAUAGUUAUGCCAGGAUCAUUAAAGACUACUACCUGACACAGUCAGACGAGUCCAAGCGUCCAAAGGUAUUUGGAAUGACUGCAUCCCCAGUUGAUGCAAAAGUCGACGUGUUGCAAGCUGCGAGAGAACUGGAGAUGCUGUUACACAGCCGUAUCGCUACCACUGCUAAUCUUGACGAUCUUCGAAAGACUAUUAGCAGGCCUAUGGAAAAUGUGGCUUGGUACGCGCGACUACGUAAACCUUUCGAGACGCCACUUUAUCAGAAACUAAAGGCUAAGUUCGGCGAGAUGGAAAUGUUCCGCUCUCUCUUCGAAUCUUCCAAGCAGGCUAGUUCUACAUUAGGAGCCUGGAGCUCCGAUAUGUACUGGCUAUUCGCUCUAGGAGAAGAAGAAGCCAGGAAGCUUGAAAGUCGACAAGAACAAGCCUACCACAAAGAAAAGAAAAGAAGGCCUGUUGCUAGCCUCGACACUGAAGUUAAAAUGUUGCGGGAAGCUGCUGAAAUAGUGAGGCAACAUACUUUCGGCACUCCCAGUCUAAACGCCGACGAUCUCAGUUCAAAGGUCAUCAAACUCCAUGAAUGGCUGCAAGGGUAUUUUGAGCGGCCCUCCGAAAGCAAAUGUAUUGUGUUCGUCGAACGCCGGCACACAGCGCGUUUGCUUCACCACAUAUUCAAGCAUAUCGGAAGCCCUCAUCUGCGUCCAGGCAUAAUCGUUGGAAACUCAUCAAGGGCUGGGGAUCUGAACAUCUCCUUCCGAAAGCAAGUGAUGACCAUGAUUGAGUUCAGAAAGGGCGAUCUCAACUGCUUAUUCGCUACAUCUAUUGCCGAAGAGGGACUGGAUAUACCUGACUGCAACCUUGUAGUCAGGUUCGACCUCUACAGAACUAUGAUCCAAUAUGUCCAAUCAAGGGGGCGCGCACGCCACAAGAAUUCCAGAUACGUGCAUAUGCUCGAGAUGGAUAAUUCCGCACACCGUCAAAUGGUGGCAGAAGUACGUCAAGCAGAGAGUUCAAUGCGCAAAUUCUGCGAGAAAUUACCGGAAGACCGUAAGCUGGAAGGCAACGACUCGGACCUCGAUGACCUCGUUCUCGGUGGACGGGGAUUUCCAACGUACACUGAACCUACUACUGGAGCGAAACUCACAUACGAUUCGUCUUUGAGUGUACUAGCACACUUUGUUGCAUGUCUGCCUCGACAAGGAGAUGUGACUUCAGCACCGAUGUAUGUCAUGUCUGCCCAGGCUGGUAGUUUUGUCUGUGAGGUCAUCCUCCCAGAUAAUUCUCCCAUUAUUACUGCCAUAGGACGACUAUCAGGCAGAAAGGCUAUUGCCAAACGUUCCGCAGCCUUCGAGAUGUGCAUUCAGCUUCGACGAAAGCGGUAUCUCAACGAGAAUCUCUUACCAAUAUAUGCUAAGCAGCUACCGGCAAUGCGAAAUGCACAUCUCGCACUCAACCUCAAAAAGACAACCUUGUACGAACGGAUGAUAAAGCCUCAUCUGUGGGCCAAGACCGGUAGCAUUAUCCCCAAAGAAGUCUACAUUACAGUCUUGGAUUUUCCUGACGGACUGAGCCGGCCGCAUCAACCCCUUGCUCUACUGACCCGGACAAAACUGCCGGAUCUUCCUGGAUUUCCACUUUUUCUUACCUCGGGACGAGCGAGCGAGGUGAGAUUGAGUGGACUGCGGUCUAGGUUUGCAGUCAGUGAUAAGCAGCUGCAGAUGCUCAAUGCAUAUACUCUGCGAAUCUUCAGAGACAUCUUCAACAAAACUUUUGAGGACGAUCUGUCGAAGAUGCCUUAUUGGGUUGCCCCUGUAGUGCCUCACUACACCAUUGUCGAUGAAGACUUUUACGGUUUAUCCGAUGUUCUGGAUUUGAACGCACUUGAGGCAGUCUUCUCAAUGCAGGAACACGAAUGGACUCCGGAGACACCACACGCGUUUCUCAGAAACAAGUUCUUUAUAGAUAGGUGGGAUGGAGGCCGCAGGUUCUUCUCGGUUGGAGUCGACCUGAACCUGAAAGCUACGGAUCCUGUACCAAAAGACUCAGUCACAGGGAAGAGACCAGAAAACAGGACGGAUAUACUGAACUACUCCGUCAGUCUGUACAAGCAAUCCAGAGCACGAGCUGAUGCAACCUGGAGACGUGAUCAACCGGUGAUCAAAGCAGAACAGGUUUUGCAUCGCCGAAACAUGCUAGCUGAACCAGCUGAGAAGGAACUGUGCCUCCGCACGAAGGUCUAUUUAUGCCCUGAACCCCUGAAGAUCUCAGUUCUUACAUCAGAAGCCGUUACAACAUCUUUGGUGUUUCCGGCAAUCAUUCACCGCAUUGACGAGUAUCUCAUCGCUCUGGAAGCUUGCGACCUACUUGGCCUCGACAUUAGUCCUGCUCUUGCCCUCGAGGCUGUAACAAAGGACUCUGACAAUACUGAGGAGCAUGAAGACCAACCGAUCAACUUUCGUCGUGGAAUGGGCAACAACUACGAACGUUUAGAGUUCAUGGGCGAUUGUUUCCUGAAGAUGGCAACGUCCAUCUCUCUCUUUGGACAGAACCCAGAUGACAAUGAAUUUGACUUUCAUGUCAAGCGCAUGUGCCUCAUAUGCAAUCAAAACUUGUUCAACACUGCCAAGGAGAUCAAGUUAACAAAGUUCAUCCGCAGCUUGGCUUUCAACCGGCGUACAUGGUAUCCAGAUGGUAUCAGAUUGCUUGAAGGCAAAGGAGCGAAGAAGCUCGAAGACGGAAAGGAGAACAACAAAAACCAAGUGACGCAUUCACUAAACGACAAGACGGUCGCUGACGUCUGUGAAGCUUUCAUUGGAGCUGCGUACAUGACGCACAACGACCAAGGCUCUUGGAAGCCAGAGAAUUGGGACAACGCCGUCAAGGCCGUGUCUACACUGGUUUCCAGUGACAUGCACAAGAUGCAGAAGUGGUCGGAAUACUAUGAAGCCUACCAAAAGCCGGCUUACCUGUCCGGCGAAGUGACAGCAACUCAACACGACCUUGCCGCGAAAAUGGAAAAGGAACAUCCCUAUCACUUCCGCCACCCAAAGCUGCUCAACUCUGCUUUCAUGCACCCGUCAUACCCUUUUAUUUGGGCAAAGGUGCCAUCGUACCAGCGGCUCGAGUUUUUGGGAGACUCUCUCCUGGACAUGGUGUGCAUCGACUACCUAUUCUACCGCUUUCCGAGGAAAGACCCACAGUGGUUGACGGAGCACAAAAUGGCGAUGGUAUCGAACAAGUUCCUGGGGGCGCUGUGUGUGAAGAUCGGUUUCCACCGGCAUCUACGGUUUAGCCAUGCGCAGGUCGAGCACCAGAUCCGGGAGUAUGUGGCGGAGGUGCAAGAGGCGGAGCGAGAAGCGGACGGGGCAAUGGACUACUGGACUGCGGCGCGGACGCCGCCCAAGUGUCUCGCGGAUGUGGUCGAGGCCUACGUGGGUGCCGUCUUCGUCGACGCUGAAUACGACUACAGUGAGGUGGCGCGCUUCUUCGACAUGCAUAUCCGCCCCUUCUUCGAUGGCAUCAACAUGAAGGCGUACGAUGACUUUGCGGGCAGCCAUCCUACAACUCACAUGCACCACCUCCUCGCCGUUACCCUCGGUUGCCAGGACUACCGCCUUAUGGCGGAGGAGCUGCCGGCCAUCACGCCCGGCAUGCCUCCCCGCUGCGUCGCGGGCCUCAUGCUCCACGGGCGCAUCGUGGCUGACGGUGAAGGCGCAUCGGCCAAGUCUGCAAAGAUGCACGCGAGCAAAGACGCGCUGGAAAAGAUAUCCGGCCUCGUACCCUUUGACUUCAGGGCCAAGUUCGGCUGCACCUGCCACGCAGAGACAGACGGGAAGGGCGAGGGCGAGUGGGUGGCGGACGAAGUGGCGGCGGAGGGGGAAUCAAAAAGUAGCGACGGGGAUGAGCGUGGUGAAAGCAGGGACUGA